ACCCAUCCUCCGCGCCGUCGUCAUCAGUGGCAUGGAUGGGAAAAGCGAUUGGAUGACUACCGUUACCUUCGCGAGCGUCCCUGGAUUAUAACUGCUUUCCAAAUUUAUAAUGUUUAGGACUGGGCUUUAAAUAUUUCACAUAUUAGCAAAACCGUGAAUAAUAAUAAUCAUCAAGUAAGCGGCUUUUCUCUCGUUACGUUUCUUACGCAGCUAGCAAGGUUUGCUCCCGCAAGCAAAAUGGCGGACAAUGAAGACGAGAAUAAUUCUGCGUCCAGCUCUGCAGCAGCCAAAAUGGAAAAUCCGGACGCUAGCGGAUCUCUGCAGCCAGAAGCUGCGCAAACCGCAGCCGAGGGGGGAAAUAAUACUGAAGGGGAGAGUGAUAAACCCUGUACCGUGAGCUCAAGUGAAGAAGGGGGCGUUGAUCAAGGCCUCGUCGAGCUAAUGCAUACCGAGUCGGGGGUGGAUGUCAAACUUGUGGAGGGUACUCAAGAGGUGAUCGGGCAGAUCCUGAGCGGCGAGGUUAUAACCGAUCCGAGUAUUAUAGCGUCUUACGUUCAGUCCGCUGCGGAGGCCGGUGUGACCGCUGAAUGCACCACCGUGAGCGGCGACGUCCUGAGUGCGCUCUCGCCGACGACCACCAUCAUUUACGUGCAGCCUGACGGCAGCUUUGUGGAGAGCUCGGGUUUAUCGGCCGAGGAGCAGCAACAGUUAAUCGAGCAGUUAACGAAACAACAGUUAGUCCAUGUGGCGGGGAGCGAAAAAGUGUCCACGGCUCCUAUCGUGGACGUGCAGCAGGUUAUAGUAAGUAAAGCGCAGGUGAUCGCUCAGGCCGAGCCGGUUGCUACUCAUUCAGCGACUCUGCAGAAAGCUGUCACGCCGCAACCGACGUCCUACAUUGCUUUGGAAGCGAGUAAUUUGCAGUUGGCGCCGGCGAUCCAGCAGCAGCCCGCGAGCGUAGCGCAAAACGCGUCGCAGCAGUCGGUGAACGUCGCUAAACCGCUCGUGCUGCAACAGCCGCAGAACGGAGCGCACGCGACCAGUCAAAAGGCAGCUGAGCCCAUCCAAAUUCAAGUGCAGGCAUCACCUAAGCAAGACAACAAACAGCCCCAGACAACUCCGAUUACAAUCUUACAGCCACAAAAUCUCUCCACCAGUCAGCCACUCGUUAAAGUUUCAACCGUAGGGACACUGAGCAGCCCGCAGGUCAUCCACAUCACGCCUGUACCCGGACAACAGCAAUAUUUCUUACAAAACCCGAAUGAUCCUCCGAUUCAGCUUCUACUCCAGAAACCUGCUCCUGUGGUUAGCACCAUUUCGGUCCCCAUCGGACAUAAGGUUGUUACUUCACCUGCCGUGGUCAAGAGCCCACCUGCCGUGGCCAAGAGCCCACCAGCCAAACCUGCUGUUGUUUCAGCCCAGCCCACAAAGAUCCUCACACCAUCAGCCAAACCUGCUGUUGGACAAGCCCAGCCCACAAAGAUCCUCACACCAUCAGCCAAACCUGCUGUUGGACAAGCUCCACCCACAAAGAUCCUCACACCACCAGCCAAACCUGUGGUUGUAGCAGCUUCACCCACAAAAAUCGCUGCACCAGCUGCCAAACCUGCUGUUGUCACAGCUUCACCCCCAGCAAAAGUCCUUACGCCUUCAGCUAAGCCUGCUAUGGUCUCAGCUGCUACACCCACAAAGAUCCUUGUGCCAUCAGCCAAACCUGCUAUGGUGUCAGCUAGUACACCCACAAAAAUCCUUGUGCCGUCAGCCAAACCUGCUAUGGCCCCAGCUACACCCACAAAGACCCUUGCGCCGCCAACGAAGAUUUUAUCCCCUCCAGCCAAGAUUACAACACCUACCAAAGUCAUAACUGUGGAUACCGCCACUGCAAAGACGUCAACUCCAACCAGUGAAAAGGAAACGCCGAAAGUAAAGAAUCGUCAAAAGAAGCCUCAAAAAAUCCAGACGCGCUCGGGUCGGGUGUCCAGGCCACCUAAGCACAAGGUAAAGGAUUACAAGUUUAUUAAGAAUGAGGACUUGGCAGAUAGUCACCAGUCGGACUCGGAUGACUACUCCGAGAUAAGCGUGGAAGAUGAGGAGGGAGAGGAGCGCAGAAAGAAGUCCUCGGAUGUGACCCUUAACCUCCGUGAUAAAUCUUUUAAAUGUGAUACCUGUGAGAAAGCCUACAUUGGAGUUGCUGGUUUGAACAGACACUAUAAGCUAUACCCCGCACAUGACAAGAACCCGACAUCCCGAGAAGACGACGACGACUCCAAAAUUAUAGAGGAACAGUGUACAGGAACUGAAAUCCCUGAUACUAGUCAUGCAGAAGCACCCGGUUUACAAAAAGUUCAAGAAUCUGUGAAGGUUGAAGUCAGAAGACCUGGGCGGCCCAGAGGACCAGGGCGACGCGGUCGUCCCGGUCGUCCCGGGAGGCCUGGGCGGCCACCUAAGAAAGGACGCCCAGGACGGCCACCCAAAUACCUUGGAGCAAUGAGCUUGGAGCAGCAAGCACAGAGACAGAGAAAUCGACUGAAAGAAUUUAUUAAACAAUAUGACGAUGAAGACCUCAUGGAAAUUGUUCUUCCACGUCUAGCCAGAGUCAUGACUGUAUGGGAGUUUGUGAUGAUGAAGGUGGAAAAAGGUUAUCCAUCAAAGCAACAAUUUCCAUGUGUGUAUCGGGAAUUUGAGCAACUGCACAGCCAGGUGAAGAAUAUGGCACUGGAAUAUUGGCAUACUUCACCAGCCAGUCGCCCAGCUAUAGAGGUCAACAACAUGGGGGUUUUACAAUCUCUAGGUAUAACAGAUCCUAAUGCGCUGAAACUCCUGAAUUCUUUAGAAGGACAACAGAGUCAAAAGAUCAAUCAGCCAGGGAUUAGAGGGAAUCAGGCCACCAAGAGUCUGCGAAACAUUGAGAAUGCCAAAAUGUUGCCUCCGGCAAAAAGGUUCAAGAUCGAAAAUUCCAAUGAGGAAACAAACGGCUAUCAAGUUAAUCAGAAUGGCAUCCAGAAGGAUGAGACUGCCGAUGUCUCCUCUGUUCUCCGAAAGCCACAGGUGGUGUUGACCAGACUGGAGAGCUUGACUUCAGCAGCAGAUCCAAGUGCUGAUGAUGGUACACAGAGCGUCGAAAAUGCUGCUCUGACGACGAGUACAGAUGAAGAGCCAAUGGAGACCGAAAGCCCACCUUCUGAUCCCGACCCUACGAAAACCAUUGAAGACCCCGAUGCGGAUAUUUCCAAGGUUUUAAACAGCGAUGCAGUGGUUGAUAUCGCAGAUCAGAUGAAACAACUGGAACAAGCUUUGAGCACAGACGUAGAAUGUAAGGACUCCCAAGAACCUGCCCAAGAAGAGAUUCAAGAACCCCAGGUGGAUGUUCUUGAAGAUCCUGUAGCCGGUCAGGAGAUCCAGCAUGUAGUUCAGCAAGAAUCUCCGGUUAUUAUUCAGACGGCAGAGGGUCUUGUUAUGCAGAGCGCAGAAGAGUUAGCCGCCAAAGGCAUUGUCAUUGUCAACGGGCCGGAUGGCACCAUGAUGCACAUCGAGGCACCUGAAGGAGUCCCGUUAGAAACUGUUCACGCCCUGCUCGGCAUUGACACGGAAAGAAAGACUUGACUUAGUCGCACGAUCACUUCUUGUUCAUGUCCAUUCUUGGCACCUAUAGCAAACGUUCUUUGUGUAAUGGUGUUUUUCAAUGAACUUUUAUUGCAUUGUAAAUUUGUAUAAAAAAACAGUAUUACUA